GAAUUCAUCCAAUUACUCAAGGUAACCCGUCAAAGAAGCUGCCAGAAUAGAAAUAACUUACUAUAUUUGGUUGAGAUGUCCGGAAAUUUAUCCCUACUCUGGCUGCAGAAAUGCUACUGCAAAGAAAUGAUGUAAUAGCUAGGAGGGAAAUUGGGCAAUUACUGGUAGCACCUUAUAAGACUAAUGGAAUCACACUCAAAACCAUCGAGUUCAGUGGAGGAUUAAAAGGCAAAUUUGAAAUCGAGAGAAUCAAUGCUGAAUUGGAACUUGUAAGUCACUAUCACGAUACAAUUAACUUAAUAUCAUAUCAACAAGAAGACGACUCUAUUUGGGAUGAAAUUACAAAGGAAGGACAACAAUUGGCAAACCAACUAGUGAAAGAACUCGACCAAGUCAAAGAUUCGAUACAAGAAAAAUUGAAAAACAUAGUGAAUCAUUGGAAAUUAAUAACCAUUUGCAUAGAUAUUCUGAUUAUAUCUUUAAAUCCAUAA